UUGUUAAAAAGCCACCAAAAAAACCAAGUAAAGUUCAUCUCUUACCCUCUUUCCUCUUCACACUACACCCUCACUCUCUCAUUCUCUCUCCUCCCUCGCCGGAAAAUGGCGAAAUCAAACGACCCAACAUCACCUCCGCCGCCAACUCCGCCUCCGGCAAUCGGCAAGAUCGGACCAUACACCGUAUUCCUGACUCCUCCUCCGACCCCUAAACCCACUUCCGAAGCUCCUCCCGCCGUUAUUUCACAAUCCCACCAAAAAAUCGCCGUCAAUUCUCCGCCGCCGGUUCAGCCGCCUCCGGCCAAGUUUGAACCUGCCGGUGACCGCUUCGCUUUCUUCUGGGAAGCCAUUGCUAAAGCUCAAAACGUUCAUGCGAGUGUAGAUGAGUACGUGGCGAAUUGGUUGGGGUUGGAUCAAUCGAGAUAUCAAUGGGCAUUGAAUGAUUAUUAUGAAUCUAACGGAAUGGAGAAGGGAGAUGUUCUGACAAAAGAAGUUUCAAGCAAGAGACCAACUGUUUAAACUUGUGAUGUAUUGCAGGAAUCAUAUAUAUACACCCUUUCAAUUGUAAUAUAUACUAAGUACAGAUGGUAUUGGUUGAAUCUGACGGGAAUUAGGGAGUCGUGUCUGAUAUGAAGGUUUACGGCUUUAUCCUGCAUAAUAUCUCAUGUAAGCGCAGGGUGUGGUGAUUCCUCAAGUGCCAAAUCUGCCUGUUGAUGUCUCUGGUCACCAUGUAUUCUUUUUGUAUCAUUUUGAUUUGCUGUAACCAUCAUGUUCUCUCCAAGUUAUUGCUUACAUUCAUAUUAUCAUCUAAAUAUGUAACUGUUCCUUUAAUAUUCGAAUGUUCUACUGAUGCUUUUACAUCCUGGUAUUUAAAGCUCUUUCAAUAAUCUACUUAUGCUUAGAUGGAAA